GAGUGUGUUUAUUAGAAAGAAUACCAAAAUGGCGGCCCCCGUGCUGGGUGUUCGCACGUUGAGAAACGUAUUGACCAGCAGAGUUUUGUCCUUUCCUGCCAAACAGGUGUGUGUACUGGGUGGAAGGAUUUUAGAGGAACCAUCACAUCAAAGUACUUGUGUAACCCCAGUACGCAGUCACUCUGUCAAAUGGGCUGUGAUGAAAGAUGCCAAAAAGAGAGAAACUGUAAAAACAGCUUACAGUGACAGAUUACGAUUGAACUGCAUACGAAAAAAUACCAUUUUGCCAAAGGAAAUAAGGCAUGUAGCAGACGAGGAGAUUGCCGAACUGCCACGGAACUCAAACCCCAUUAGAAUUGUAGCACGGUGCGUUGUAACUGGGACCUCCCGGGGGAUCGUACGCAGGUGGCGCAUGCAUCGCAUACCUUUCAGGCGAUUGGCUGACGAAAACCAACUCUCCGGAGUGACAAGGUCCAUAUUUUAGAUCAGUCCUUGUGGAUUUGACUUGUAAAUUGUAAGGAUUGGAAUCUUGUUUGUUCUUGCACACUAAAAUGUACAUGUAUCUGUUGUUUACACUUAGAUGGGAUGUAUGAAUUAUUAAAUGACUUUGAAUUCAGGGUUUGGAAAUUAUAAUUAAACUCAGAAUGAACAUAGAUACACCUACUAGACCUUCUGACGAGUAAUCUGUCUCUCAUAGACUCUAUGGGGAUGUAACCUAAGCAUCAUUUCUGAAUUUUCUUUGAAACUACAGUUGAUGUGUGGAAAGUUGUGUCGUACCUCUGGCAGGCUAUUAAAUAGUUACAGGCUAAAUGUGCCACACAAGCAAGGGCCUUAUAAGAACAUUAAGUUAAUGGCAGGAGUAACAAUUUCAAACUGUGAGGGCCAUGUGCAGAUUUCUAUGUAUUCUGUGUAUAAUUAGGGGAGACUCCCCUUGUUUCUAUUGUAAAUAUGACAGCAGACAAUAAAUAUAUGCAUCU